AUGGUUACGGAAGAGUCCGUCGAGGCUGUCGUUCAACAAGCCGCGUCACGCUUCGCUCGUAUCGAUUUCGUCAUUCUGAAUGCCGGCUUCGGUGGGCCCAUGGGCGGCAGUCCCGACACGGCACCCGCCGCAUUCGAUACCCACCUCAAGGAACACGUGACUGGUAUCUGGCUCUGGCAUCGGGCCGGGAUACGGCAAAUGCUGCGGCAGGAGCCGCGCGACUCGCGAUAUGGCCGUGGCAGUAUCGUGCAUGUCUGCUCAGUGCAUGCCUUUGCCGCUUCACCCCCUCAAGUCGCUGCUGGUGCAUAUGUAGCGGGUCGACAUGCUAUCCUCGGUCUGACACGUUCUGAGGGCGUGCUGUAUGCACCCCAGCAGAUUCGUAUCAAUGCGCUCUGCCCUGGGUACAUCAUGUCGCCGCUCAUCGCGUCCUCGGAACAGACCAAGGCUUUCAUCGAUAACCUCGUGCGAGAGCGUGUGCCUGCAGGCCGGCUGGGAGAUGCUGAAGAGGUUGCUGAUGCUGUUGUGUUCUUGGCUGGGCCCAUGAGCAGCUACAUGUUUGGUCAGUCAUUGGUACUGGAUGGGUAUGUAUUGUUCAAUCUUUACGUGAGAAACCAUGAAGCGCUGACUGGUGAUAGGGGCUAUUUGGCUCAGUGA